UCUGGUCAAUUCUAAAAUGCUUAAAUGUUUCCUGAUUUGGCCACCACUCCGGUCCACGAGUACAUCUGAUCUAGCGACAUCUCGUCACCUUCGGCAUCAAUCCCUGAUACUUAAAUUGAAGCCGCAUCAUAAAAUGCGGCUUUUUCAGUUUCGCUUGACGCUGCUCUAUACUACGUUCACCCCGUCGUGAACGUCUCUGGUGCAUACUAGUACCUCUUUGCGACCCUCUCGACGACCUUCACAUGUGUUGUGGUUGCAACGGCUAUGACUCUGAAUCGGACCCCGAUUUAACGGACCUGGACACGGACUCGGACACGGACUCACUGGAAGAUAUCACUAGCAGUAGCCAAUCUAGCGACCUGAGUGAAGUGCCCGGCAAAGACGGCGUAGCUGACCAUGGCGGAGAUACACAUACUUCAGAUAAACAACCCGCGGCAAAGCGCGCCAGGGCAGACCAAGGUUCCGAUACCGGAACAGCACCAGGAGCAAAAGAUUUUGGCACAAAAAAGAAAAUUCUCGAUCCCCUUUUUACCGUGCCAAUCGAUAUUCUUCUCGAGAUCUUUGGCCACUUAGAGCCACUGGACCUCUUACGUCUGUUCCGCACCCAUAAGGCUUUCCGCCAGGUUCUAUCAUCUAACCAUGCAGCCUCAGUCUGGAAAGCUGCUCGCGUCAACCGUGGCGGUGUUCCCGACUGCGUGCCUGGCAUGUCCGAGAUCGAAUGGGCCGAACUAUUAUUCAAUAAUUCUUGCUGUGAAGAAUGUGGCAAGAAGGGAAUAUGGAGGAUAGACUUCGGUUUGAGGCGCAGAAUAUGUCGCCUUUGCCUCAACGAGGACCUGGUCUGUGACGAAGCCUUUUCAUAUGAUUUUCCUGAAUACGAUCCGAUCAUCCUGGAUUUCAUCCCAUUCAGUAGCAUUCGUGUUGACGACCACGAUCAUAAUGACUGCAGGAUGUUUUGGCCAAAGGACAUAGAGAGAAUGGCAAAAGAGUUGGAACCGUACCUCAAGCCAGGUGCCGAACAAGCACUAGAAGAUUUCAAGCAAUCACGCAAGAAAUAUAUUGAUUCCAAUAUUGAUCAUAUAUCAAUCUGUGAUGCUUGGACUGGCAAGGAUAAUCAACGUCGAUUGGAGCGUGCCCGUCAGCUUCGUGACCAAAAUUCAGAGUUGUUUGUAGCUAGACUGAUUGCUCUCGGACACAAUGCCAAAGAUGUAAAGCGCAUGUUCGAUCGUCGUCACUACGGCAUACUAGAUAAGGAGCUUACCGACGCGCGCUGGAAGCGUUUAAUCCCCAAAGUCGAGUAUAAGCUUGCUGAAUUACAGGAAGAAUGGCGCCUCCAGAGGCAAAGCGAGGUAUCGUUUCUCCGACAGUCUCGCCUGUUGACUCUGUACAACAAAUACGUGCUGCCGUUGCCACAGGGUAUCAUACCUCCUGUCGCAGAUUUCUUGAAGCUCUCUGACGUUGCGGAAUUUAUCAAAAGCCCACGCGCUGAGGAUGGCGCAAGCGAUUAUCCACCUUGCGAUGCCUUUGCGGAAAGAAUUCCCGAGUUUUAUGCUGAAUAUAUGAAUAAAAGGAAGCUCGAGCUGACGCGACUCCUUGCCCUCUCUGCUGAUGCAGUGCAAGAUACCACGACGCCACAAAGCCAGGGAAUUGAAGCCCCUGAUGAUAUGUUGAUGCAGCUGGCAACCUCUAUUGUCCAAUGUACUCACCCGCGCUCCCAGGCCUUGCCAUUGAUUACAUGGGACAAAGUGCAGCACCACCGGUUUCACGAUCGAGGUAUGGCCCAUAGUUACGAACUAUCGGCGGCGACAUCGCCUUGCAUAUUUUCGAUCUCUGAGCGUGGGGUGGCCGCUGCACGUUCUUUGUUAACCUUGGUCGGUCUCAAUGCCCAAACUACGACAGCAACCACGAUGGAUAGCCUCCAAUGUCGCUUUUUCUGCUCCAACUGUUCUCCCAAGUCAGAGAAUGGAGGAACCUACCGGAUGGCAAUGGACUGGCGCCAGGGCGUUUUCCAUUACGUUCAAGAACGAAGUCCAUCGCACAAAGAGCCUCAUUGGGAAUUAUUAAGUGCUGCGCAACUUCAAGUUGUCCAAAGUUGCCCUGCGCCCGAAUAUCCCGUAGCCACUGAGCGAGUGUGGCGUUGCAACCACUGCAUUUUGUACAGGAACGGGCCGGCUACAAAACCUAUCGUGAUUAAGCAUACAAGAUCGCAUGUAUUAAAGACACCAAUUGAAGGAACUGACUUUAGCUAUGACCAAUGUGCCGUCGAGGAACCGCCUCCAGCAACGAAGUUCUUCGUUACCCCUCAGACUAGAGUUCCUGACAACUCGACAUAUCGCUGCCAACAUUGCAACCGCUCAACUCGGACUUUCAAGUUGCAGGGCGUCAAGGCGCACCUCAAAGCCAAGCACAAGAUCAUAUACUCAAGUGAAGGGCCAGACUUUUCUAGAAUCGAGUAAUUACAUCACACUUUAAUCAUUCGUAACCUCCUCCAUACAAAGCUCAGCGCUCAGCAGUUACAUACACCGUCUACAUCCCUAACCCUAAUGUUCAAGUAUAUACCGGGCUUUGAUCCACAGUACUAGGACGGUUCCUUAAGUAUGCCGACUGGAUGCCAACCUGUGUGGAUAUCUGAUUCCGUAUCUCUUACGAUAUCGUCUUCAGAACGUGUUAAUAUAAUAGGACUCGGAUCACACCAUUCUUGGUGCUGGGCCAGUCUCCUAUACAGCUUUCAGUCGAACGAAAAUAAGCAUUCCUUCUCCACUACUAUAAUUUGCUCCAUGAUAUUGUGUACAGGUGCCGUCAAGACUGAGGAUAUCAUCCGGCAUGUUUGCAAGCUUUAGGCGUCGAGAAGUGGAAUGAGAUAUGAUUGCAUUGACAUAAUUAUCAUGGAACUUAAUAUGUAUAAGGCG